AGAGGGGACGUCCGGGCUCUUGGGGUGGGGGAGAACUUGCGGCGGGGAGGAAGGUGCGGCUUGUGGGUUGGAACCGGAGCCUUGGCGCAGAGGCUGCCGCUUCUCCCCUUUCGCUUCGCUGGGUCGCUUCCACGAGGUCGGUCCGACCAGACAGCAAGAUGGCGGUGGAGUCUCGCGUUACUCAGGAGGAGAUUAAGAAGGAGCCCGAGAAGCCUAUCGAUCGUGAGAAGCAAGUGAAUGGUGGUCUCUUCUUUGCCUUACAGACCUGCCCCCUCCUUCUGAGGGUCUUCACCACCAAUAAUGGGCGCCAUCACCGAAUGGAUGAGUUUGCCCGUGGAAACGUACCUUCCAGUGAACUGCAGAUCUAUACCUGGAUGGAUGCAACUCUAAAAGAACUGACCAGUUUAGUGAAAGAAGUCUACCCAGAAGCAAGGAAAAAGGGCACACAUUUUAACUUUGCAAUAGUCUUCACAGAUCUUAAAAGGCCUGGUUACAGGGUGAAAGAGAUUGGCAGUACAAUGUCAGGCAGAAAGGGCACAGAUGAUUCCAUGACUCUGCAGUCUCAGAAGUUCCAGAUAGGGGAUUACCUGGACAUAGCAAUUACUCCCCCAAAUCGAGCACCACCUCCAUCAGGUCGCAUGAGACCUUAUUAAUAUUUUGCUUUCUUCUAAUGACCAACACUACAUGGUCAUACAGAUUACAAACGGCUUGUUUUUUUUAAUGCAAAGUGAAAAUACUAGAAAAGCUGUUAAGCUGUAGAAAUACUGAAAUUAUGUUACUGUAUAUUUUUAGAAGGGUGCUCUCUGCUAGGUUUUCUUUUUCUGAAUAGCUGAAAACCAGACACUGCAGUGUUUCUUAAAGUGUGUAAUGUUUGGCUAAAACACCACAAGCAGUCUUGAGGUAUUUGAAACCGUAUAUAUUGUAAGGCCAGCCUGUAGUGUGGAAAGAUUAAAUGAGAGGUAUUUCAUAAGCACACUGUAAGAUUGCCUUUUAAGAAAUCGGGUUACUUUUUGAACAUCCAUAAAGUACCUAUUUUGUCAGAAAUCAGAGUCUACAACGCAAUCUGGGAGAGCUGCAUUUUCCCAGGUACAAAGUAUUGGGUGUAGAUGAUGGGAUUGCCAAUGCGGUGAGCGCAACAUCUGUGCUCAAUAAUUGCAUAUUCAUUGUGCAAAAAUAUUCACCCUAAUACAGCUGUAGUAGGACUUACACUAUCAGAUGGACAGAAGUGUCAAGGUUUGUUGAAAAGCAUCCUGAAAUUGGUCAUAAGAGAAGGAAAUCAUGGCAGCUUAACACCUGUAAUAUUACACCCUAUUUUAUUCACUGAUGUGUAAGUGCGACCAGGAGGGCUACUAUUUUUGCUUCUGGUUUUGACUGUAUUUGACUACGAAAGGAUUUGAACCACUUAACGUAUUCCCAAUUUAAAAUGCCAUUGUCGCUUCAACUGGAAGUUACAUCCUUUAAAAUGGGAAUUUCUAAAAAAUCUUCCACAGCAAGGUUAUCCAUUGUUUCCACAGCUGUAUGACUGUCUUGAUAUAAUUAAGUUCUUGUUAAAUAAUUUUAUUUUUUAAAACUUGUAAAAAUAAAAGCAGUGACAUAG